GCCAGAACGAGAGCCUGCAAUCAUGCUGCCUUUAUUCGAUCGGUCAGAAUACCCUGCCCACAUCAGCAUCAAGUAGUGCCGCAGCUCCAAGUAGUAGUCCAAGCAGACCAAGCAGGCUUCUGGCAAUGAACUACGCGAAACCUACAUCCAGUUCGACGCGGCGCUCGAUUUGUACCGCGGCUGCAAGUGCCCCGUUUUUAUUGAACGUGUGUGCCUCCAACACGAGCUAUCCUAGUCUGCCUGCUCCGGGGGACCUUCAGCAAUCACCUUCUACUGCGGCCUUGACGCGGAUGAGCGUUAGCGUAGGAGCUGUUGGC